AUGUCCUUCAACCGUCUCGUCCGUUUCGUCCCAGCCAGCGACUCCAAGGCGAUCCUAAUCGGCGAGCCCGUCGAUGCUGAGCUCGAUGUCGGUCUUGCUAUCCGCAAAGGCGAUGAGGUCGAGGUCAAGGUCUUCAGCGGAAAGUCGGCUUUGAACCCUGGUUCGCUGUCAGACAAGACCGAGAAGAUUGCCAGACUGCUGUCACCAUUGUCACAAGAGGAGGUCGGCACGAUACGCUGCAUUGGUCUGAAUGUAAGAUUCAAUUCGACUCCAGCGAUAGGCAAGCUUCUGACAAGAACAACANNGUACAAGAGACACGCCGAAGAGGUCAAGAUGGCCGCCCCUUCAGAGCCCGUCAUCUUCCUCAAGCCAGCCACCUCGCUCGCAGACCCAUACCCUCACCCCACCAUCAUCCCCAAGCACACAAAGUCCUCCGACACGGCAGACUACGAAUCCGAACUCGUCGUCGUCAUCUCAAAGCCCUGCAAGAAUGUCUCCGAGUCGGAAGCCCUCGACUACGUUCUCGGUUACACUGCUGCGAACGACGUCUCCAGCCGUGCCGCUCAAUUCGCCCAGAGCCAGUGGUGCUACAGCAAAGGCUUUGACGGUGCUUGCCCUAUCGGUCCUGUAUUGGCGAGCACAAAGAUGAUCCCCGACCCAAGCAAGCUGCACAUCAAGGGCAGCAAGAACGGCAACGUCAUGCAGGAUUCCGGCAUCGACGACCUCAUCUUCAGCAUUCCCAAGCUCAUCAGCUUCUGCUCUCAGGGCACCACUUUGCCCGCCGGUACCAUCAUCCUCACUGGAACUCCCGCUGGUGUGGGUGUUGGCAAGGACCCCAAGGAAUUCUUGCGUGACGGCGACGAGUUCUCUGUCGAAGUUCACCCACACGUUGGUACCUUGACCACCGUAUUUGAAGACGAGAAGUAA